AUACAUUGUGCAGGGUUUAGACGAAUGCGUGCUGAACGUAUUUAUUUGCACGUGUACAUAUACGUACAUGUACAGUGUUCAGUACAUGUACAUGUAUUAUGUACAAAAACAGUACAUGUAAAUGACUUCGCGUGGGAAACUUGCUUGAUACGUCCAGUUAAAAAAAUGGGAAAAACUCCAAAGAAGGACAAGGAAAACUCGGAAAAAUCUGAGCCAGCUGAAGAUAACGAACAAGAGCUGACUUAUGAAGAUCUGGUGCAACGAGUGGCGCCAAUCGCUAACCCUCUUGCCUCAAAAAAGUUGACCAAGAAGCUCUACAAAAGUGUCAAGAAAGCUUCCAAAGCAAAGACGCUCCGCAGAGGAGUGAAAGAAGUCCAGAAGUUCAUCAGAAAGGGAGAAAAAGGGUUUGUCGUCUUUGCUGGGGAUGUCACGCCCAUAGAGGUCAUGUGUCAUCUACCUGCUGUCUGUGAGGAUAGGAACAUUCCUUAUGCUUACGUUCCAGCCAAGAAGGAUCUUGGAGCUGCGAUGGGUGCCAAGCGCUCGACGUGCUGCGUCCUCGUCAAGACCCACGAGGAUUUUGCCGAGCUCUUCAACGAUUGCUUACAGAUGAUCAAACAGCUUCCGCCGCCCAUUUAGUUCAUUGACUUUCCGGGCCUAAACCUCCCCCUACCCGUACCCCUCCCCGAGGCCACCACCCCAUCCCUGCUCCACUCCACCGUUACAUGUAAUUGCUUUGUUCACACGCGCACUUUCUUAUGGCUAUGAGGUGGGACGCAAUCCAUCCAAGUGCUCAUGUGCUAAAACAAAGCGUGACGUCAUGUUUUAGGUCUGUUGGCAGGGCACGGCUCGCCAAAUGGACAAUCAGAUCUCUGUCUUUUUAUUUGUAAAUUUCAAUAAACGUGCUUGGCAAAGCUCAGCCUUUAGCAGGCUGACCAAACUCAUGACCACUUGACAGUUUCACAUCAACACUGAUCGUCUAUAAGGCAGAGGGCGCCAUUUAGUUUUUCUUCACCAUGAUUAUCAACCUGUUCAGCUAAGUCGGAAUUUUCCUCGAGUCACGUUUCCAUUAGUUCAUGGGACAAGUUGAUAAUAAUCAUUUUUUAAAUCAAAUCAUUGCUUUUAAUUUUCGGGUAAUGGUUUAGAUGUCCCCAUUUACUUUCAGGAUUCUUACAAGUGGCUUCUUAUGGUUUUUAAGAAUAAAAGAUGUAAAUACCAUUGAA